GGCGAAUCGCGGCCAUUGCAUAGGGACCGGUGGGGAUUGCGGAAGGCUUUCCGAAGCGGUUUCCCUCCAAAUGACGGGAAAUGUUCUGCACUCGGCGUGUUCUUCGUGUCUGUGCAUUUUCCCCACCUUUGCAAUAAAGUGACAGCCGAGGGAUUUAUGGCCUUGCACCCCCGCCUUAAAAGAGACGCGAAAACGGCUGAGUCUGAGGGUACCCUCGGCGCUCCACACCUGAACACACACCUGUUCAUAAGCGAGGCGAGGCCUUUGUGGGGUGGCAAGUCGCGGCACUCCCCGCUGCCCAUUUCUCUCACAUACACAUGCGCGCGCACCCCUCCAACUAACUUUACCUCGUCCGAGAAGGGGCUCCGGAUUCUUCCCGUGCCUUCUGAAUUGCCCGGAUGCUGAUGUAAGGGGAGAGCUCAAGAGAUCCCUUCAGAUUGCAGUGAGAGGAGGCGAAGGACCAGAGCAGAAGAGCCUCUCCGCCAGCAUCCUUCAUCCACAGCGGCAUCAGCACCAUCAGCACCAACAGCAGCAUCCUUGGCUGGACCAGCUGGAUGAUGCUGGUACCCGGACUGUAGCAUCCUUCAUCCUUCUCCCUUCCCCUCCCUGAUGCCGAGAGCACCCCCCUCCCUCAGGAUGCCGGCCCCGGUAUUGUCCCUAUAGGGGGAUAUCAGGGGGGCCUUGCUUUGCCUCUCCCCUCCCCAAAUCCCCUGUCUCUCAUUGUUGCUCAGAAGGGCGACAGACAAAAGCCAUGUCCGGUGGCAAAGAAGCAGGUGGGGUCCACCCUUACCAGCCACAACAGAGCCAGCAGCAUGCCCAGUAUGUGGGGCCCUACCGGCUGGAGAAAACGCUGGGGAAAGGGCAGACUGGUCUGGUGAAGUUGGGUGUACACUGCAUCACAGGGCAGAAAGUGGCGAUUAAGAUUGUCAACCGGGAAAAGCUUUCAGAGUCAGUACUGAUGAAGGUGGAGCGGGAAAUCGCCAUUCUGAAGCUGAUUGAACACCCCCAUGUGCUCAAACUCCAUGAUGUCUACGAGAACAAAAAAUAUUUAUACCUUGUCUUGGAACACGUCUCAGGAGGAGAACUCUUUGACUACCUGGUAAAGAAGGGACGCCUCACACCCAAGGAAGCCAGGAAGUUUUUCCGGCAAAUUGUCUCAGCUUUGGAUUUCUGUCACAGCUAUUCUAUAUGCCACCGAGACUUGAAGCCGGAGAAUUUAUUGCUGGACGAGAAGAACAACAUCCGGAUUGCGGAUUUCGGCAUGGCCUCCCUGCAGGUCGGAGAUAGCCUGCUGGAAACAAGUUGUGGUUCUCCUCACUAUGCAUGUCCUGAGGUGAUCAAGGGGGAGAAGUAUGAUGGACGUCGCGCUGACAUGUGGAGUUGUGGAGUCAUCCUCUUUGCCCUGCUGGUGGGGGCACUACCUUUUGAUGACGACAACCUACGUCAGCUACUAGAAAAAGUGAAACGUGGGAUCUUCCAUAUGCCCCACUUCAUCCCGCCUGACUGUCAGAACCUCCUGCGGGGCAUGAUAGAGGUGGAGCCUGACAAACGUCUCAGUCUGGAACAGAUUCAGAAACACCCAUGGUUCUUGGGAGGUAAGAACGAACCAGAGCCAGAGCAGCCAAUUCCAAGGAAGGUGGCGAUCCAACGGAUCCAGUCGGUCAGUGAGCUGGACCCUGAUGUGCUAGAGAGCAUGCACUCACUGGGCUGUUUCCGUGACAAGAACAAGCUGAAGCAGGAGUUGCAGAAUGAGGGGGAGAACCAGGAAAAAAUGAUCUACUAUCUGCUACUCGACCGCAAAGAGAGAUAUCCCAGUUGCGAGGACGAGGAUUUGCCUCCGCGCAAUGACAUUGACCCUCCCCGAAAGCGAGUUGACUCUCCCAUGCUGAAUCGACAUGGGAAGCGCCGGCCUGAGCGAAAAUCCAUGGAAGUUCUGAGUGUCACGGAUGGUGGUUCUCCAGUCCCGGCCCGACGGGCCAUAGAGAUGGCACAACAUAGCCAGAGGUCUCGAUCUGUGAGUGGUGCCUCCACUGGCUUAUCAUCUAGUCCCCUCAGUAGCCCCAGGGUCACCCCCCACCCCUCCCCUCGGGGAAGCCCCCUCCCCACUCCGCUCGGCACCCCUGUGCACACGCCCAAAGAGAGCCCCAGCGGUACUCCCGGUGGGACACCACCCAGCAGCCCUGGCGUGGCGGGCGUGGCCUGGAAAACCCGCCUGAACUCCAUCAAGAACAGCUUCCUUGGCUCCCCGCGCUUUCACCGCCGGAAACUACAAGUUCCCACUCCAGAAGAAAUGUCCAGUCUUACUCCAGAGUCAUCCCCUGAGCUAGCCAAGAAAUCCUGGUUUGGGAAUUUUAUCAACCUAGACAAAGAGGAACAAAUCUUUGUGGUCAUCAAAGACAAACCCCUGAGCUCCAUCAAGGCUGAUAUUGUGCACGCCUUCCUCUCGAUCCCCAGCCUGAGUCACAGCGUUGUAUCCCAAACAAGCUUCCGGGCCGAAUAUAAGUCGUCAGGUGGCCCCUCCGUCUUCCAGAAACCCGUCAAGUUCCAAGUCGACAUCAGCUACUCCGAGGGUGGGGAGGCGCACAAGGACAGCGGAAUCUAUUCGGUCACCUUCACCCUCAUCUCAGGUCCCAGCCGCCGGUUUAAGCGAGUUGUGGAAACGAUCCAGGCGCAAUUGCUGAGCACACACGACCAGCCUUCUGUGCAAGCCCUUGCUGAUGAGAAGAAUGGGCAGCAGUCCCGCUUGCCAGGCACCCCAACCCGCAGCUGCCAACCGUCUCGGCGCUCCGAAUCCGAUGUCUCAUCUGAACACCAUCGACGCGGCUCCAAAGACAAGAAGCUCGUCUCGUCCAAUGGGACUCAAGUCCAGCAACCGUCACCCCCGUCCCCACAGCAGCCGUGACAUCUGGGGCAGCACUGGGGUGGCUCAGGGGAAAAGCAGCUGAAGGAAGCCAACUCCAUGCCCCUGGAAAUAGCUAGAGCUGCUCCAGAUGGACAGAAGGAGCCAACGAACCGUACAGAUGGGUAAAGGCCCCACCAGAGACGCAAAGGGGCGGGGUGGGGUUGGGGUUUGGCUCAAGUUUAACAACUCUGUCUCACCCCAGGAGCGGAAAGUUGCCAUCUUGGGAGCGGCCCAUACUGUGAACUUGUAAAUAGUUAACAGAAAACAAAACAAAUCUACAAAAGAACAGAAGGGGAAAAAAUAACAUAAAAUGGAGAGAGAGAGAAAAGGAUGGUGGACCGAAAAAAAAAGAAAUCAAAUGGGGGAAGGAAGAGAAGGAGAAAACCGGGCAGGAGCCGGUGGGGUUUGGGGGUUUUCAUCCUAUUCUUUGGUUGUGGUGGGGGAGAGGGGAGGUGGGUGUCUUUAUUUACUUGAUCCUUUUUCACAGACUCCCUCCUGAUUUCUGUUUGGUCCUUGCCACAAGGCAUUCUUUCUCCAGCUUUUCCUUCUGCGGCCUCUGUGGUACCCUCCACUAUUUGCAGGAUAACGGCAGCCGUAGCUAAAAUCACGAGACAGAACUAAUAGGAAAACUGAUUGUUGCAGGAAAGAAAUUUCCCUUCCCUUCCGACUUCUCUUUUAAUUUUCCUGCUUUGAGAAACUAAUUAGUGGUGAUUGUUUUUUAAUGAGUUAUUGCCAGUUGAGAGGUGAAACUUAACUAUUUAUUGGAACUGUUUAAGAAGCAAAGUUUGAAAAACUCUCCUCCAAACUGGUAAUUUAAAAAAUGAUAUCAAAUCUGAAUUUCAAAAGGGGAGCCAAAAUGAAAACUCACAUAAAUGCAUAUAACCCAAACAAUUUUGUGAUUCUAUUUAUUAAACCAGUUUACUGAGAACUGACAUUUUGCAGAUUUACUAAAAGGAGAAAUGUACUAAAAGAAUUACCUAAAAGCUCUGACAAUGAACAAAACCCUAAACUUUUAGGAAGUUGAUAAAUUGUUUAAAAAAGUAUGUUUGCAUGCCCAAGAAUAGUCAACAAUAUUCUUAAAUUACUAUUCUUUGGGUUUGUGAAACAAUUACAACAAUGUGGUUGUUUUAAUUUUCCAUUCCUAACCCUUAACUUGAGUUCUGGAUUGGUGUGGAUGCCUUUUAUUUAGUUUAAACAGGCAGGACUGUCAGACUUGUAUGAUCACCCAUCACAUUCACUGCUAAAAGGGUAUUUUACGAUUCCUUCACAGAUUAUGCAGUGUGAGAGCAGGACUCAACAAUAACUCCAAACUGGAAAAUGACACAAAGGGGGAGCAGGGGUCCCCCAAAUAAGCAGUAACCUUUUGCCAAUCAGAUUGUUUCCUUUUAACAGUUUCACCACACUCCACUGAGGAGGAUUUUCUUUCCACAUUUUGGAAAAAAGAUAUGUUGCGCUGACUUUGGUAACUUAAAAAAACAAGCACCACAAAAACCUUCAAUUUUCAAAGGUUACGAAUAUCAUGGCUUCAAAUUUUAAAAAAGGUGGCUGAUCAAACAAAAACAGAUUUAAAUAGGCUUCUCUCACCCAAUUUAAAGACAUAUUGUUAUUUUAUGCAGGUUUUUAAAAUCAAAACUAUUUCGGCUACUCCUGUAUUUCCAAAAACAAAAAGGGCACAUUUUAGUAAAUAAUUCUGUUUCUGUUCUGUUCUGUUCCUCAUCCACCCUAAGGUAGGCAACCUUUGGCAUUUUAAACAUCUCUAUUGGCCUGCAAAAUUCCAUGGAUACUGAUCUCUAGCUUCUGUCUCGUGUAAUUUUAGCCACCCUGUCAGAGCUCUUGGUGGGUAAAUGACUCCCCUCCUGCACCCCCCCGCUUCCUUUUCCUAAUGUUGGGCAUCCAUAUGCACAAGGCACUAUGAGGAGGGUGGGGGCAGAGGUGGGGUGUUUUGAACAUGCUGUGGUCUUGCCAGAAGGCAGAUGAACCCCCGAGACACCAGGCCUAGGCCUUAGAUGUAUACAUUCGACGCCAACUCGAAGGGCAUCAAAGACAGGCCCUGAGGCAGGAUCCCUUUGGACCAUGAGCGGCAUUCACACAAAGGAGUAGCAGAAGGUGCAGAGGCCGAAGGAGCAGAACUGGAAGCAACAGCAGGCUCAAAGACCAAAGGGGGCAUCCAUACAUCUGGGAACGGAGUCCAGGUUGUGACACUGCAAUAGGAUGUGUUUGCAAGGGGGGGGGAUUUGACAAAAGCAAUCCUGCUUCUAACCAUUCUUCCUCCUCCAUCCUGCUCUGGGUGACUCUCUUCUUUCAGCUGGGAGGGGUAGCACAGGAUGUGGGCGACAAUGGCGCAUGCGGGCGUGCACAUGAACAGGAGAUUAACUGUAUGUAACCUCCCUACCCUACCCUCCACCCUGUGUCUGUCCAUCCUCUUUCUCCUUUUUGUGAAUCCAGCCUUAUCGCACACACAAAAAUACCACCACCCAUCUCCUCUCCACCCCUCCCUCCGACUGCCCAACCCCCUCCUAAGUCCUGUCAUCUCUGGGGUCUAAUUAUUGCUCAGAAGAAGAAAAAAUACAAACAAUCACUCAAAUGUUUCCUUGGUGCUGAGACUUACCAAGCGCUAUUUCCACCCAACCUUCAGGAGGUGUUGCCUUCACUUCCAACUUGCCAGGGUGGGGCAUGAGGGAAGCGAAAGGACCCAUUCAUUCUUUGUAGGGGUCAUGGCUCUGGUUGGAUCAAGGCGAGCAUCUCCACAGGGCUUCUUUGGAGAAGAUCCAGGUAGAUUCUGAAUGCACAACUUUUGGGAUGGCCACACGAUGAGGUGGCCUUUUCGCACAUAUUCUCACAAGAGUUGAUUAAAUCACCCCUGAGGUCUUAGAAAAUGAGCCAUCCUCACUAGGUGAGGUCUACUCAAAAUAGAUGAAUGUUUACAUCAGUUAUUGGUGUGGGGAUGCUAGUUGUGUAAAAGUGACUAUGUUGACAUCCACACUGUACAUUUAAAACAUAUGGCUUCCCCCAAAGAAUCCUGGGAACGGUAGUUUGUUAAGGAUGGUGGGAAUUGUAGUUCUAUGUGGGGCAAACUACAGUUCCCAGGAUUCUUUGUUAAAUAUAUUGUGUGGAUACGACCUGUAGCUCAUGGAGACUAUGGUUACACCCACACCAUACAUUUAAAGCACAUGGCUUCCCUCCCACAAAGAGUCCUGGGACCUGUAGUUUACUCCUCACAGAGCUACAAUGCCCAGCAAACUUAACAAACUAGU